AUGUGGCAUGGAGACAACGUUGUCUUUGACACUCAAGGUGGAGGAUACAUCUACCCUACCGUGGGUGCCCUCAACUUGGUGAGCCAUGUCAUCACCCAGUCGGCGCCAACGUCGGUCGCCAUGAGCGGCAUCAUAUUGGGUGCUAAUAGUGUUCCUGUUACCAUGGAUGGGACCGGAUACAUCCUUGACAAGGCUGCCGAUGGUUCCACAGUCCUGUACUCUAUCACUCCAUCUCGAUCAUCCACCCUCCAACGUGUCACUCGAACGGGCGGCGCUCCUCCCUUCAACCCCUCCAUGGUCGCCGUGGCGUGCAAUUCGCUGAUCGUGACAUACUCGAUGGUCAACACCACGACCGCAUACCUCAACACCUUCAACACCACCACCAACACAUGGGCCGGCCCCGGUCUCGUCGGCGUCCCUGACUCUGGCUCUGGCAGUGGCAAUUCCAGCAUUCCCAUUGGCGCAAUCAUUGGUGGUGUUGUCGGUGGUCUCGUCUUGAUUGCCCUUGUCGCAUUCUUGUGCAUCCGUUACAAGCGCAAGAAGACAGCGGACAAGAGGGAUGUCGACGGACAUGGUGCCAGGAGCGUUAAGGCCGAGGACCAACAGACGCCCCAAGUCUACACCUACGUCCCUGAAACCUUCCCUGCACCCAUUGUCCAACAACCCAUCUUCUUUGACCCCAAUCAGCAGCGGGCUACCUACUAUGACCCCAACGCGGUCGCUUACAACCAAAACGCAGCAGCGGGACUAAACGUCUACGACCCCAAUGCAAACAUCUACGACCAGAACAUAAAUAUGUAUGAUCAAGGACUCAACACCUACGAGAUCCCCAGUGCAAGCGCAUACCCGCCUCCACCCGCCGGCACCCUUUACUCACCAGUCCCACCAAGCCCAUACCAAGACCCAGCCACAAGCCCUAGUUAUUCCUCCCAAGUGACCAAAACCGGUUCUCCUACCCCUGCCAACCCUCAGUUUGUUGAUCCGGAGGCCUAUGGUAGUCAUAAGGGUAUUGGUUCUCCUCAGUAUGUUGAGGCUAGGGAAUAUAAGGCCGAGACCAAGCCUUCCAAUGAGCCCGAGUACUACCGUCCCACCACAACGCGAGGAUACUCGAUCGUCUUUGACACCACAGGACAGGGACAUGCGUAUCCGGCUCUAGAAAAGGCAGCCCCUGUGCUAGGACCUCAGGACCAUAUUCUGUCACCGGGUUCGCCGUACAGUAUCAACUUAAAUGGUGCUACUUUGACCAUGGAUGCGGUACCUGCUGCCAUGGCCAAUACUCUGUAUAUGCUAGACAAGGCGAGCAGUCAGUCGUUGAUUUAUAUUUCACGAUAUUAG